CCGUGGGAGAAGCUUUGGCAGAGGUAGAGGCCGAGGUGACUAUAAUGAGGGGCAUGGGAGCUCCAGUGGCAGGGGGAGUACCAGAAUGGAGGGCACCUGCUGGUACUGCAAGAAGGUCGGGCAUCCUUGGUUCAAGUGCUUCAGCAGGCCGGAGGGAUGGGCACCUCCAGGCAUGAAGCCGCCCAGUGGUGAACGCGCACAAGGUGGUGCUGUGCAAGGCUCAGGUGCACAAGGUGAAGGUGCACAAGGUAAUGCCUAUCCUGGGAUGUUUCUUAUGGUUGAGGAUGUGCAUGGGCAUGAGGGUGAUGUGGGAUCUGUGGGAAAGGUUGUGAUGCACCCUCUCACGCACUGGGUGAUUGAUUCAGGUUGCACCAGUCACAUGACCCCACGGGCAGAUUUGCUUGAUGAGGUAAAACCCCCUGGGAAGAUCAAGUAUGUGGCAGCAGCGUCAGGUGCUUUGCUCCCUGUCAUUGGUGUUGGAAAUGCCAAGGUUAAGGGAGCUAAUGGGGAGCUUGUGGGGCUUGGGAAUGUUCUGCUGGUUGAAGGCUUGUCUGCUAACCUUCUCUCUGUGCGACGACUGCAGAAGAGCAAGGCCGAAGUGACCUUUGGACCAACCAGCUGCCAUGCUAAGCUUGGGAAGAAGGUGCUGUGGAGUCUGGAAGAGGAGACCAGCUGCAUCAAGGACCUGUGGCAGCUGCCCAUCAUCCCAUGGAAUGGGAAGACUCCAACAGCAGCAACGGCAGCAACGGCAAAGGCAACAGCAGGAGGAGAUGCAACUGCACCAACUGAUGGGGUCCUGGAAGCAGUCAAGAAAGUGCAGCAGCAGCAGACACAUGGCGAGGUGCUUGCUGGUGUGGAUGCGAGUGCGGCAUGGGCUAAGGCUUCAUCAAGGAGUGGAGAGGCCGAUUGGGAGACAUGGCAUGAGAGGCUGUGUCAUGUGAACUUCCCUAUGCUGCAGAAGUUGGUGAAGGAUGGGAGCCUGAAGGGCUUGGAGGUGAAAGGGGGAGUGAAGGAGAUUGGGAGCUGCCCUACAUGCUUGGAGACCAAGUUCUCCAAGUUCCCCUUCAACAGCACUACAGGACCAGCCAAGACCCCACUUGCACUUGUGCACAUGGAUGUGGUGGGGCCCACAAGAGCCCCUUCCCUCUCAGGCAGCCGCUAUUUCUUGACAAUUGUGGAUGACCACACUCGGGCAGUGUGGGUUUACCCUUUGAAGAGCAAGGGGGAGGUGGCAGCGGCUGUCCUUAAGGAGUGGAUGCCUAGAGCUCAGAGGGAAUGCGGAUACAAGGUGAAGGUGAUCCGUAGUGACAAUGGUGGGGAGUUCAUUGGAGCUGAUUUUGAGGGGGAGUUGAAGAGGAAGGGGAUCCAGCAUCAACUGACAGUGCCCUACAACCCGCAGCAGAAUGGCGUGGCUGAGAGGUUCAACAGGACCCUGCAGGAGGGGGCACGCACUCUCCUUGGGCGUGCAGGGCUGCCUGAUCCAUUUUGGGUGUCUGCACUGAGGCAGGUCGCCCUUGUGAAGAACAGGGUGCUGGCUACAGUUGGAGAUAAGGAGUGGAUCCCAUAUGUCAAGUGGUAUGGGAGUGCUCCAGCUGUGAACAUGCUGAGGGCAUUUGGGUGCAUGGUGGUGUUUGAUGUGCCUAAGGAGAAAAGGGGGAAGUUGGAGGCUUCUGGAAGAUGGGGUGUGCACUUGGGGAUUGCAAAGGAUCACAAGGGUUGGCUGCUAUGGGACUUGACCACCCAGAAGCUGACAGUGUCAAGGGAUGUGAAGUUUCUGGAGUCCCUGUACUACAAGGAAUGGAAGCAGCAGCAACAGAAGCUUCCAUCUACACCGCUCAUUGUGGAGGCAGACGAGGUGCAGCAGCCUUCAAGACAGGUGGAGGUUGCAGUGUCAGAGGAGGAGAUGUCUGGGGUGACUGAGGAAGGGGGAGCAGCUGAAGUAGAGCAGCAGCAGCAGCAGCAGCAUGAGUCUCCAUCUCGAGUUCCACACCCGCCUGAGCGACCUAGGAGGGAUGUGCGCCCUCCGGUGAGGCUGACCUAUGGGGGAAGAGGCAAGCCAAAUGUGGUGCAGGCUGGGAGUGUGGUUGAGCAGAUUGAGGAAGAUGAGAUCGCUCACUGCUACUGGGCACCAAUCCCUGAGCCCAAGACUCGAGAGGAGGCCUUGAAUGGACCAAAUGGGGAGAAGUGGAAGGCGAGUGAGGAUGAGGAGUUCGGGUCCCUGAUUGAAAACGAGACAUGGGACCUGUGUGACUUGCCUCCUGGGAAGAAGGCAAUCACUUCCAAGAUGAUCUACAGGCACAAGUAUGGACCUGAAGGGGAGCUGACCCGCUACAAGUCUAGGCUUGUGGCACGGGGGUUUCAGCAGACAAAGGGGAAGGACUAUGAUGAGGUGUUUGCUCCUGUGGGGAAAGGAACAACAUUGAGGGUGCUGUUGGCGAUAGCUGCACUCCUGGGAUGGAAGAUUCGGCAGAUGGACAUUGUGACUGCCUUUCUGAAUGGGAUCAUUCUGGAGGAGGUGUACAUGAAGCAGCCAGAGGGGCUGGAUGAUGGGAGCGGCAGGGUCUGCAGGCUGAAGAAGGCCAUCUAUGGCCUUAAGCAGGCGCCUCGUGCAUGGUAUCACAAGUUGGAGGAGGCGCUGCUGGCUGGGGGUUUCAAGAAGAGUGAGUGUGACCCCAGCCUGUUCCUGCUGCAGGAGAAGGACGAAAUCCUCAUGCUCUUGGUGUAUGUGGAUGAUAUCCUUCUCUUUUCUGCAUCAACUGCUUUGCUGGACAGCGCAGAGCAGAUGCUGGAGAUGCAGUUCAAGUGCUCCAAGAUGGGUGAGGCGAAGUACUACUUGGGGAUGCAUGUGGAGAGAGAUGUGGAAAAGGGUGUGCUGAGGUUGCACCAGAGGAAGUACUGUGAGGGGCUGGCUGAGAAGUAUGGGCUGCAAGAUGGGGGAAAGCCAGCAACACCACUACCUUCAGGGUUUACUGUGGAGCCAUGUGCUGAUGAGGAGGUAGUGGGUGAUAGUGACAGGAAGCUGUUUCAUUCGAUGGUUGGGUCGCUGAAUUAUGCUGCAAAUCAUACACGGCCUGACAUUGCAUUUGCUACAUCACGACUGGCUAGCGUGGUUUCACGUCCUAGUCAUGAGCAGCUGGAAGCGGCCAAGAGGUUGGUCCGCUAUGUGAGUGCUACGGCAUCAGUGGGAUUGGAGUACAGUGGAGUGAGGCAGCGGUUGCAGAGAGGUGCUGCAGAUGUGAAGAGUGGUGAGAUGCUCUUGAGUUGCUAUACUGACGCUAGCUUCAACUCAGUGAAAGCGGAUGGCACCAGCAUUGGGGGUUAUGUGUGCUUGCUGGGAGGUGGUGCUGUGAGCUGGCGCAGCAAGAAGCAGAAUGAGGUGGGAUUGUCUUCAUGUGAGACUGAGUACAUGGCCUUACACCAUGGGGCCAAGGAAGUGGUAUGGCUGAGGCGUUUGUUGGAGGAGUUGGGAGUUGGUCAGGAGGAGCCGACAGUUGUGUUCUGUGACAAUGAGUCUGCAGUGAAGCUGGCCAAGAAUGCUUGUCUGCAUGGGCUGACAAAACACAUAAGGCCUAAGUGGCAUUGGGUGAGGAGAAUCCUUGAUAAGGAGGUGCGGCUGGAGAUAGUGAAGACCCAUCAGCAGGCAGCAGAUAUUUUCACUAAGCGUCUGGCGGAGGCGGAUCAUUGGAAGGGCAUGAAGCUUGCUGGGAUGAGUGUGCAUUGAGUAUGCAUGCUUGAGAUGUGGUAUGGUC